CCAACCUAGGAUCGGGUUCCCGGAAAAAAAAGACUCUUAGGAAGGAAGGCGGGAAAAAGAGGACUGCGUUCGGCGGGGGAUGGGACGUGCACCUUCUCCUCCUUAUUUUUUUCCUCCCUUUCCCUCCUCUUCCAUAUAUCCAUCGCCCUUCCUUGCGCCGGCCCGCUGCCGCUUCCGUGCUCCAUCGCCGCGCCGCGCCCCUGCAGGACCGCACUAACGCCCAGCCACCUCCUCGCUGCCGCCACGAUUCGUGGGAGCACGUCGCCGCCGGCAGCGCCUCCGAGUCCGUUGGCUCCACCUCCUUCCACCGGUACACCUCCCUUCCCCUGCAACCUCUCCAGCUCUCCUUCCCUUCCUCUUCCCGUGGUGGAAUGUAGGCAGGAGGACGCAGGAGGCGACCACGGCGGAGAUGGCGACGGUUGCAUACGGCAUGGCCCAGAUGCGGAAAGGCGCCAGCAGGGAGAGGCGGCUGGUCGGCCCGUGGAGGGAAGAAGUCAGACGAGAGCGUCGCCGGCCAUGUCGAUGGAGAUGAAGUGGAGCUCCAUCUAUGGAGUGUUCCACAGCAUCCGAUCCGCUCUUCGAGACACCCUCACCCUCCGCCUCCCCGACUCCACCUCCUCCUCCCCCGGCCCCGACUGCAAGCACGCCUGCUCCAACUCCUGCACCCCGGCCGAACCCAAGCACUCCAACGCCGCCGACACCAAACUCUUCCCCACGCGCCUGCACACCGUCGGCACAGCAUCCAAGUAUUUUGAAGAGAUUGCAGACCAGCUUUGUGGUUCUUUCAAUGUUUUUUUUUCCGAACUCGCUGGAGAGCUGCAAGUCAUAUGAAGGUAGAAAAAAACACUUAGGGCUGUGACUACCGUGGUGGGCGAUGGGAAGUCCACCAUGUUUUGGUCGGAUCAUUGGCUCCAUGGUCGUUCCUUGUUGGAGAUGGCGCUACACUUGGGACUGUUUGUGGCGAAGCGGGCCAUCGUCAGGCGCACUGUCUUC